AAUCCUUUGAAAUGGCAGGCAGAGGCACCUGCAAGCUAUGACCCUCUGCCCUUUGUCCUGCAGGCGGCAACUGUAAAUCGAUUCAGCUGAUGGAGCGGCAGUAGCACCGCAAGGCAGGUGCUUUGGCAUGCGGACUUCACUAGCACGCCUAUAAAUGGAGAAGGGCUUCAGCGAUCAUGGCUGCCAACCCGCUAGUCCUUUGGUUCAACGCACCGAUCAUUUCCGCACCGCCCGCAUUUUCGAAUACUAUUGCGCUUACGCAGCUCCAGCGACGAAACGUCAAAGCAGCGAUUAUUCCAUUCGGAUCAUUGUCCCCACCGCCUCCACAACCUACCGCCGCGGUCAAACAGUCUCUGUGGACUGGGACGCAACCCGCAUCACCCCGCCCUACACGCCGUGGGCUUCAUCAUCCUGCGAGGUGUACGUCGAGAAAAGUUCAACGGGCAGCGGCCCCACUACCCGGUUUGGGCCGAAGGGCGGGGCGGUGCCUUGUGGAUAUGGAACAGUUUGGUUCAAGGUUCCGCUGGAUGCGGCUGAAGGGCAUGACUGGCAGGCGCGUGUGUUUGCGUUUAGCGAGCCGCGGCACGCCCAUCAGGCACCGUUUGCUAGGGCUGCGUCGGAGCUGUUUAGUAUUGAAGGACAGUAGACCCAGCGUUUUCACAAGGGGAUCCGGAACCCGUCCGGCUGAACGUCGUGUUCAAAUCCGGAUGCGAGGAGGGACAUAGCAUGUAGUCGAGAGUUCUUGUCUUUGUUCGUCAUUGUAGGAAUGGAGCAUACACAUGUAUAGCGCCCAGCUCGACGUACAUACAUACAUACAUACUACAUCGCCUUCCCGGGGCCACACGGGAAGGCAUACUCUGGAAUGAGUUCCGACGGCCUGCAGAACUUCAGAAGCAGCCCAUUAUUAUUGCCAGGGACUGCGCAAACGUACAGUCUAUGCGCACUGUGGAAGCU